GCGCGCAGAGGAAGCUUGUGCUUGACAACCAGCGAGCGCCAGAGACAACAAGAGCCUCUCGCCCCGAAACACGGAGGAAAAAAACACCAGACAGUGCGUGUCGACACACCCUCGGUGGACCCACAGAGGAUUUCUGCACUUCGCGUAUAUGUAGAGUUUAUCAGCUUGCCACCAUGACGGCUGAGGAGAUCAUAAAUGUAAAGGAAGUGGAGAUCAUCAAGGUGAUGCUGGACUUCCUAAACUCACGCAAGCUGCACAUUAGCAUGUUGGCCCUGGAGAAGGAGAGUGGGAUCAUCAACGGCCUCUACUCAGACGACAUGCUCUUCCUCAGGCAGCUCAUUCUGGAUGGACAGUGGGAUGAAGUGUUGCAGUUUAUUCAGCCUCUUGAGUGUCUGGAUAAAUUUGACAGGAAAAGGUUCCGCUACAUUGUUUUGAAACAGAAGUUUCUGGAAGCUUUGUGUGUGAAUAACGCCAUGUCUGCUGAGGAUGAGCCACAGCAUUUGGAGCUAACCAUGCAAGAGGCUGUGAAGUGUCUGCAUGCUCUGGAAGAGUUUUGUCCAACUAAAGACGACUACAGCAAGCUUUGCCUUCUCCUGACGCUGCCCCGCCUCACCAACCAUGCCGAGUUCAAGGACUGGAAUCCGAGUACGGCACGGGUACAGUGUUUUGAGGAGGCCUGUGUCAUGGUGGCGGAGUUUAUUCCCGCUGACCGAAAGCUGAGCGAGGCGGGGUUCCGCGCCAGCGCCAACCGUCUAUUCCAGCUUCUGAUUAAAGGUGUACUGUACGAAUGCUGCGUGGAGUUCUGCCAGAGCAAAGCCACCGGAGAGGAGAUCACAGAGAGUGAGGUUCUUCUGGGUAUAGACAUGCUGUGCGGGAACGGCUGCGACGAUCUCGACCUGAGCUUGCUUUCUUGGCUCCAGAACCUGUCGCCCAACGUCUUCUCUUGCGCCUUUGAGCAGAAGAUGCUCAAUAUCCACGUGGACCGGCUUGUUAAACCUGCCAAGGCCACUUACGCCGACCUCCUCACUCCGCUCAUCAGCAAGCUCUCCCCGUAUCCCGCUUCCCCUCUCCGCCGCCCGCAGUCUGCAGACACCUACAUGACCCGCUCUCUGAACCCAGCACUGGACGGCCUGUCCUACGGUCUCUCUGGCCAAGAGAAGAGAGGUGCGGGAACAGACGGAGGGAAAACUUCUCCCAUGUCACACUCGUUUGCUAAUAUUCAACACCUGAACCGCAGUGUGAUGAUGGAGAAUUCAGGAUGUCACAGCAUCUUUGAGGAGUCACCAGAGAGCUCCAGAACUGAAACUCCAUCUGAUAAAAUGUUGAGCUCACCUGGUCCUCAAAACUCUCGCCCGGCCUCUGCCCCAGGUCAAGAUGCUCCAGCACCUGGUUCUGCAGAGAAGAAUGAGUUGUGGGACUCCACAGAGCAGUUUCAGGAGUACUACCGCCAGCGUUUGCGUGUCCAGCAGCAUCUGGAACAGAAGCAACAGCAGCGGGAACUCUACCAGCAGAUGCUGCGAGAGGGCGGAGUCCAGCAGCACGAGGCUCCGCCCACCGCCAAGCACAACCUCACAGAGGCCUUCCUUACCAGGUCUAUUCAAAGACUGGAGGAGCUGAAUGUGGGAAUGGAUGAUUUGGGAGAAGAGGUGCAGGCUCUCUCUCAGCAGUGUAAUGGAGGCAGUACCAACAACAGCGAAGCGAUAGAUGCCUCAGCCAAGCCACAGACACAGGAAGGGGUUGGAGGAGCCAGUCAUGUGGUCACCAGCACUCCUCAGAGGUCAGCAGGGCAAGCAGCCCUCCCUCCGCCCAGCCAGUCUCCUGUACUGUCCCAGAGUGUCCACACCGAAGACAAAACUGGACUGAAUGACAGCAGUUUGACCCGCUCUAAAGGCCCAGAGAAAGAGACGUCUAAAGCCAAGUUUGUGAUGGUCAACACCCUGGAGGAUACGCAGGCGGUCCGCGCCGUGGCCUUCCACCCUACAGGGACAUUAUAUGCGGUCGGCUCCAACUCUAAAACUCUGCGCGUGUGUGCCUACCCCGACACUCUGGACACGAGUGGCUCGUGCACGAGUAAACCUCCUCCAAUCCGCUUCAAGAGGAACAAGCAUCACAAAGGCUCUAUAUAUUGUGUGGCCUGGAGCCCCUGCGGACAGUUACUGGCCACCGGCUCCAACGACAAAUACGUCAAAGUGCUGCCCUUUAACCCUGAAACCUGCAAUGCUACAGGUCCUGAUCUGGAGUUCAGUAUGCAUGAUGGGACUAUCAGAGAUCUGGCGUUUAUGGAGGGUCCUGAGAGCGGAGGGGCCAUUUUAAUCAGUGCAGGAGCUGGAGACUGUAACAUCUACACCACCGACUGCCAGAGAGGACAGGGACUGCAUGCACUGAGUGGACACACAGGUCAUAUUCUGUCUCUGUACACAUGGGGGGGCUGGAUGAUCGCGUCUGGCUCUCAGGAUAAGACCGUGCGUUUUUGGGACCUACGUGUUCCCAGCUGUGUGAGAGUGGUGGGGACGUCCUUCCAAGGCUCAGGCAGUCCUGUGGCAUCAGUGGCGGUGGACCCGAGCGGGCGCCUGCUGGCGACAGGGCAGGAGGACAGUUCCUGUAUGCUGUAUGACAUCAGAGGCGGGCGCAUGGUUCAGACGUAUCAACCGCACUCCAGCGAUGUCCGAUCGGUGCGCUUCUCCCCCGGGGCUCAUUACCUGCUCACGGGAUCCUACGACACCAAGGUCAUCGUCACUGACCUACAAGGUGACCUGACGAAGCCGCUGCCGCUGACUGUAGCGGGUGAGCAUGCGGAUAAGGUGAUCCAGUGCAGGUGGCACACACACCACCUCUCCUUCUUGUCCUCCUCCGCUGACCGCACUGUCACACUCUGGACACAGGCCACGUAGAGCCAGCUCUGAGGGAAACAACACGUGCAUUUAUUAAUGUAUGACGCUGUGCUUCUGUUUUAUUGGUAUGAUUGUGUAUUUAUGACAGUUCUGAUUCACAGUGUGUGGCUGAGAUAAAUGCAAACCCUUUUUAUGUACAUAGUAACUGAUUGACUGCCAGUGCCAUGUGUCUGUGCGUCUCAUGAUCGUGAGCCAUAUUGGGAUGUGAUGCUUUGCUGUAGUGUGCUUGGCUACAUAUGGACUUCCAUUCAGUAACCUUUAUCAAACACUGAACCACAUCACACAGAAUUGGAAAAACACAGACUCAGUGGUGUCAUGUGAUCUAUCCUGUGGCCUUCCUGAGAUUUUAUAGCAUCUCUGUGUGUCCGCUUAGCACAAUCACAGUGCGUCUGUACUUGCCUGUUUGAAUCUAGCCUCUAGAAAUAGAUGCAGUUUUUUUUUUAUUUAAGUCAUUAAUGUAUCAUUGCAAACUGCUGAGUGAAACCUGUAAGAGUGGAAAAUGUUGGAGUGAGAUGUACAUGCAGUCCAAUGCUUGGCUGAAAUAUGGAUAUUUUUAUGGCCUGCUGCAAAUACUGUAUCAAAAUUCAGCUGCUCGUGCAAAUAUCAAAACCAAGUCAAUGUAAACUGCCUUUGUAAAUGCUGUCAAGUAAGUCCGUCAUUUAAAGUGGUUGAUGUUUGAAUUUGACAGUUUUUGCAGCCCUUGUGAGUGCACUGCCUCUGGAUUGAUGGCAUGAUCAAAGUAUUGAGUUUUUAAAUGUAGAUUUAAGGGAAUCUACACUUCAGUCUAUGUGCUGAAAGAAACAUUAGAUUAAAUGUUUUGGGCAUUGGCACAUUGGCUUGUUAAACUUCAAUUAACAAGUGAAUUUGUUUGAUAAUCUUGCACUUUUAUUUUUGUUUUAUAAUAUUUGUCCCCCAUAUUCUGGGUUGUUUAUGUUGUAUAUUUUUAAUGAUGUAGAUUUUUAUUAUUUAAUGUUAUUAGGUUUUUGUUAUUAAUGUUAUUAAUUUUAAAUCAAAGCCAAACUAACAUUUUGACACGUUUAUGCGAAUAAGCAGCCCUCUUGAAGUCAUGUAGUGAAAUAUUGUGUUGUUGCUGUGUUCCUUUAAUAAAUGAUAUUUGGACAUCAGUGACUACAUAAAGGCACAUGGGACAAGUUUGCUGCUGCUGUGUCGGAAUAAAUAACCCUAUUCUCAAA